AUGUCAAGUAGUCAACGAGCAGAAAGUGGACAUGCAUUCUUCAAGAAAUUUGUUUCGAAGAAUAAUUCAUUGGUUGAUUUUAUGAUACAGUUUGGCAGGGGAUUAGUGCGCCAACGACAUGAGGAGUUGAUGGCCGAUCACAAAGAUGUAAUUGAGAAACCUAAACUUAGAAUAAAUCAUGAUUUUUUGGAGCAAAUGGUUGAUAUUUACACGAAUGAGAUCUAUUACAAGUUUGAGGCUGAAGUGUGUGACAGCUUUAACUAUAAGUUACAGUUUGUUAGGGAAACCGACAAUCAGAGUGUGUAUCAAAUUCAAAGAAAGAAGCUUGCAAAAAGUAAAGUCCGCGAAAUUGUUUACGACAAGGACUUGGAUUUGGUUUCUUGUAGUUGUAAAAAGUCCGAAAGCGCUGGAAUUCCAUGUACGCACAUUAUAUCAUAUUUGAUGAAAAUUGAUGCUGAAAUAUUGCCCGAUAAAUACAUCUUAAAGAGGUGGACUAGAGCAAAAAAUAAAAAAGAUAGACGUUGCCACGGAUGUGGUAAAGUAGGCCAAUCACAUGAUAAGCGAAAUUGUCCGGCACUCACAAAUCUGUUUUCUACAAGCGGUGAUACAAAUUUGCAAGAGGGUAAUGAGUCAUCAAGUGAAGAUGUGGAUCUUUUUGAAGAUUAA